CACUUCAGCGUUUCUUAGAACAUCUCUGAUAUACUAUAGCUAAAUUGCUAUGGCCAAAAUGCACUUCACUUGCCAAUUGACUUACCACUUGGGCAGUUUCUCAACAAUAACUGGGUGCAAAAUACAAACGCAUAGCAUGACGCGUGUGUAGUAAUGUGCACCACAAUACCGUAGUGUUGCGAGUGUAUCUAUGACGCAGAAGCCAGAGAUUUCCCUCCACCAGAAAUAUAAACACCUAAAAUUAGAUACCUCCAAAUAGGCCGAGGUGUCAUCGUUUCUAGGAAGGCUGAUGUCACUUGUGAAAACUGUGAAUUUUAUUUGCGAGGGUGGGAAGAGCUUCAGACAGAAUUAGGCAGAAAGUAGCUUAAAGGACGAUGUUCAGAGAGCGCUGCACGAAACGAAGCGGCACUGCGCAAUUGCGCAACAAGGCGACACUUGGGGGACCUGUGGCCGGCGGGGAGCAUCUGUGGAGUAAAACGUGAACGACGUUUUAACGGACCAGGUGCUGUGCAGUGUGAUUUUGAAACAUUUUUUAGCCUUAAAGUUGAUGGGUCCCUCGUUUUCUUGGCAAAUUAAAAGGAGAAGGCAGCGAAUCGAUCGCGCUCGGGCUGUGCGCGACCUGGCGGCAUCACGUCUUGGAAACACAUCUGCAAAGCACGGGCGUGUGAACAUGCGUUAGGGCAACAUCAUGUGCAGGUGUGUUGAAAGUGCCGUCACCUGCCAGAGGAUCUGAGAGCAGGACGCACCAUGCACAUAGUGGAGGUCGUGGUUUCUCUGCUGUUAGUCGUGAUCAUCGUGGUGUCGUUGCUGUCCAACGUUGUGGUGCUGAUUUGUUUUUUGUACAACGCGGAGAUUCGCAAACAGGUGCCGGGCUUGUUCAUCCUCAACCUCACCUUCUGCAACCUGCUGCUCACGGUGUCCAACAUGCCCCUGACUCUUGGAGGACUUAUUUACAAAGGUCACCCGGGCGGGCACGGCUUCUGUCUGCUCGUGGGCUUUCUGGACACCUUCCUGACCACUAACUCGAUGCUGAGUAUGGCUGCUCUGAGCAUAGACCGGUGGGUGGCCGUGGUCUUCCCGCUGAGCUACCACUCCAGGAUCCGGCAUCGGGACGCCGUGAUCGCUCUCGGCUACACGUGGAUUCACUCGCUGUCAUUUUCCGUAGUAGCGUCGAGUCUCUCCUGGGUGGGAUACCAUCAACUCUACGCCUCGUGCACCCUGUGCAACACCCGGGCGAGCGGCGCGAGGACUCAGUUUGUCGUUUACACUCUUGUUUUACACUCGGUCACUUUCCUGCUCUCGCUGGUCGUGCUGUGCGUAACGUAUCUCAAAGUGCUUAAAGUGGCGAGGUUUCACUGCAAACGCAUCGACGUGAUCACCAUGCAGACGCUGCUGCUGCUAGUGGAUAUCCACCCGAGUGUGAGGCAGCGUUGCCUGGAGGAGCAGAAGCGGCGUAGGCAAAGGGCCACGAGGAAGAUCAGCACCUUCAUCGGCACCUUCGUGGUCUGCUUCACACCUUACGUCAUCACCAGGGUGAUGGAGCUGUUUGAGUUCUUGCCCAUCAGUCCUCACUGGGGUGUGGUGUGCAAGUGUCUGGCCUACAGCAAGGCGGCGUGCGACCCGUUCGUCUACUCCCUCCUGCGCAACCAGUACAGGAAGACCUGCCACGACAUCAUGAACCGCCUGCUGAGGAGGCGUUCGCUCAACACGUCCACGCACAGGCUGGAGAACGGCAGGACCUGGAAGAGAGAGAAGGAGGGCAGGGCCCGGGAGGAGGAGGUGCAGGAGAAGGCCAAGGAGAAAGACCAGACUGAGAGGAAAGGCAAGAUGACGAGGGAGAGCAAUGCCAAGGAACUGAGUGGCACUACAAAAGAAACAGGGUGAUUUCAUUGUAUCAAAGAUGGGUUUGGGUAGUAUUUUAGAACCACCAUAUUGGAGGGAUUUAUGGAAGUCUUACCACAGAAUACAACCAUCUUGAUGAGCUGCUAUUGUGUCAGAACUUUCUGCCAUGGCCGAGGUAGCCAACGUAAGGAGAUGCUAGUUCACAUGGUGAAAAUGAUAAACUGGUGGACUGUGCUUGUAGCACAAAGCCAAUAGGUUUGAAAAUGAAACACGAGUCCCAGAGUAAAAGCCAUAACGCCAAAUCUGAAGAAAACAACAGAUGACCCCCUCCUCUCCACUUUAAUCAAUUUUGUAGAAUGCAUUCUUCUAAAAAAUUCCGUGCAUUUUGUCAGAAAAGAAUUUAAAGCUACAGAAAUAAAGUGUUUAUUAAUACGUUUUGUUUCAUUGCAGUAGUUGGGACUUUCUGAAAUAGUUGGCAGUGGUUUGUUUUCAUGAUUCUGGUGGAACUAGUACACUAGAACACUCUUACUACGACACCCGACACAGUACUCUUGUCUCAGUGCUGCUACACAUGCUGCAGCCUGGACCUCUGUUUGAAAGUGUAGCAUAUUGUUAUAGGUCCAGGUAUCUUGCAAAGGAUGUUUUUUUUCUUUCUCUGAGAUGUCUGUACAUUGUGGUCGAGUGAAAACACAAAUGUCGUGCCUUCUGAGUGACAUUGUGUUUUGAGCUGAAACUAUAGGUGUUUCCACUUUUGCACAAAUGGAUUAUCAAUAAAACUGGGGGGCCAAAGUCUAAACGGGUCUUGGGAAGUUCUGUCAAACCCAACACAAACCCCCCCCUGUGUAAUCUGGAAACUUCCGUUAUUGGUUGUUUUCAUUCACCUCGGUCUCCGUGACUCAAACGUACUUGUUUCAGCUUUAUUCAUACACGUCACAGUUUUUGGUUUCCGUAGCCAUGUGCUGGUUUUGUUUACUUCCUUGGUUGUCAUGUACUUUUGUUUUCCCUGUCUCUGUCUCCCCCUCUGUUCCUUGUGUCACCGUCCACGCCCCUUUUUUGUUGCUUUCUGGUUCCUUUGUACUUAACUGAUCCCUGCCCACCUGUUUCUUGUUACCUUGUUAGUCCUGUGCAUUUAUAAGACUUUGUGUUUCUUCGGUUCCUGGUCCAUUGUUAUUUCGCACAGUUUGACUGCACCUUUUCUGUUUUGCUCCCUGUGUCUUAAGUAAAGAAGUCCUCAUUGUGUGUAAACUCUGCUGCGUGUGUCGAGCGUUUGAGUCCAGCACUCCUGCAGUCGUUACACAUGCGCGCUGCUAGGCAUUUCUUCAGCUUGGAAUUUAAAUGUCACGGUUUCCUUCUCAUCUCUUUCUAGUAGCUCUGUGUUUUUAUGAUGUAACCCGGCUGAACACAACAGUAUGUACCUCAGACUGACGCUGACGACAGCCUCUGGCUGUUUUGAUAUGUUACGAGCAGACACUGUAGCUUUGCAAAGUAUAUUCAUGGGCUGGAUGCAAAACAGCAAGUAAACUCAUAUAAUUGUUAAGAAAACGAAAGCAUCUGGCAUGGGUAUUUAAUGAUCUGCUGUAAUAUGGUGUUCAUUUUGACCAUUAUCUACAUUUCUUAAUGGAGUUGCUUAAUUGUGUUAUUUGUAUUUCAAUGAGUGGGUAUGAACGCAGGGUGAUUUCUAUUUGAAUGUCAUAGAAAUUUGAUAGAGAUGUCGUUUGUUUGCACCUUUUGGCUGAUAUCUGAUAUCUGUAACGACAUCGGUCAACUUGCUGAUGUGAGGUUGAAAAAACGUCAGUUAGGGUCUUGAAUAUAAUAUUCUGGUGAUUAUGUUUGAUGGUGUUUAGUUAGAGCACUUUUUGGUGAAAGUGUCAAGCCUUAGGAAAAGAGAUGUCUAUAUUUUUGUUACUGUAAAAGCUGUGUAAUAUACAUAUAUAUUUGUGACUUGAAUCUAAUAAAAUGUAGUGCAUUUAAAAAAAAAAAAAAUUCAGAUCAUCCUUUAUUUGGCCCUGCCCAUACCAUCCUCUCUGUCUUAGAUGGGACCACAGCCAUGUUUACUUUGAUCAAAAUUACAUUUUCACACAUUAAUCCUUAACAU